GGGGCGGCCCCCCGCCACUGCCCCCUCUGCCCCCAGGGCCUGGGGUGCUGCCAGACCCCGCACCCCCAGCCGUACCCACCGGCCCCGGCCCUGCGGGAUGCUUCGCCCCCCGGCACUGUGGGCUGGGGGUCACCUCCCAUGGCAGGGACCCCCCUGGAGCUGCACGGGGCUCCGGACAUGGGGACGGGGUCCUGGGGGUCACCCCCCUGUGGCCCUGCUGCGGGAACCCCCCCAGAGGUGCUUGGGGUUCCCGACAUGGGGUCGGGGGCCUGGGGGUCGUCCCCCUACAUCCCUGCGACGGGGACCCCCGAGGAGCUGUGCAGGACCCCUGGCUCUGUCUCAGGGUCCUGGUCAUCACCGCCAUGCAGCCUCGGAGCAGUGACCCCGCUGGAGCCCCCCCGGAGAUGUGCGAUGGCCACAGGCACUGGGAUGGCUUCCUCCUGCUGCUUGGAGCCUGCAGCCCCCCGCCAGCCUCCCGGGGCAGGACUGACGGACAAAGGGCCCCCUGGGACCCCCGCGCGCGGCUCCCAGCUGCCUGCGCACUGCCAGGCAGCGGACCCUGCCCCUCACGAGCAGCGGUGA